UUGAUUGCUGCUCUUUUUUUCCCUGGUUGAAUUUCAUUUCUUAACGAUAAUGAUAAUGAUAAGUUGGCUGAAUUCGAUCAUUUGCCUGGUAGUAUUAUUAGCCAUUAAUCUGAAUGCAGUAGCUUCCGAAGAGAAUUAUCAAAAUAUUUGGGCAGUAAAAAUCGAUGGUGAUGUAUACAAGGCAAAAGAUGUGGCUCGUCGUAAUAAUUUUGAAUUGAUUCAAAAGUUGGAUGGAUUUGAUAAUAUUUACAUACUUCGUCGUAAAGAUUUACCCGAAAAUCAUCGUAUGAAACGACAAGCAAUUGAACAUGAUCAAAUAUUAAAAAAUGAUUCAUCAAUAAUUUGGUCCGAACAACAACGAUCAGCUAUACGUGUGAAAAGAACAAUUUUACCACCACCACCACCACCAGCAUCGAACAAAACAAAAAGAUCAUCUUCUUUUAAUGAUAAAUUACGUAAUCUAUGGGAUACAACACAACAAUUUAUGUUUUCAUUUGGAAUGAAUCAGAAUAAAGUUUUACAUCAAUUUAAUGAUGAAUUAUGGCCAUCACAAUGGCAUAUACAUUCAUCAGGAUUUUCAAGAUUUGAUCAUGGUAUAACUCGUGUUUGGGAUAUGGGUUUUACUGGUAAAGGUAUUGUUGUCAGUAUACUUGAUGAUGGAUUAGAAUGGAAUCAUUCCGAUUUACAAGCAAAUUAUGAUCAUAAUGCUAGUUAUGAUAUGAAUGAUGAUGAUCCGGAUCCAACACCACGAUAUGAUAUGUUCAAUUCGAAUUCACAUGGAACAAGAUGUGCUGGUGUUGUGUCGAUGAUACCGCAGAAUAAAAAAUGUGGUGUUGGUGCAGCAUAUCAUGCUCGUAUCGGUGGUAUUCGAUGUUUGGAUGGUGAUGUAUCCGAUAUUGUCGAAGCAAAUUCAUUAGCAUUUCGUAAUGAAUAUAUCGAUAUUUACAGUGCUAGUUGGGGACCAAGUGAUGACGGUAUGACAGUUGAUGGACCAAAAAUAUUAGCUCAAAUGGCACUUGAACGUGGUAUAACACAUGGUCGUAAAGGAAGAGGAAAUAUUUAUGUUUGGGCAUCCGGUAAUGGUGGUAGUCGUGGUGAUAAUUGUAAUUGUGAUGGAUAUGUUAGUUCAAUAUAUACAAUUUCAAUCAAUAGUGUUAGUGAAUCAGGUCGUUUUCCAUGGUAUGCUGAAAAAUGUUCAUCAACAUUAGCGGCUGCAUUUUCAAGCGGUGCAUUUAGUGAUAAAAAAAUCGCAACAACUGAUAUUCAUAAUACAUGUACAAGAGAACAUUCAGGAACAUCGGCUGCAGCACCAUUAGCAGCAGCAAUAUUAGCAUUAGUAUUGGAAGCAAAUCCUAAUCUAACAUGGCGUGAUAUACAACAUUUAAUUGUUUGUACAUCGGAAUUUAGUCCAUUGUUAGAUGAACGUGGAUGGCGUAAAAAUGGUGCAGGUUUCCUGUUCAAUAGUCGUUUUGGUUUUGGUCUUUUAAUGGCCGAAUCAUUAGUACGAAUGGCAACCAGAUGGGAUCCAGUACCUGAAAAAUAUAUCUGUGUAAUUCAACCGAAACAACUAUUUCAACAGCAAGUAUCAACAAAUGGUGAUAUAAUUCGAGUAUAUUUCCUGCUCCAACAAAAUCAACCGGAUUGUCCGAUUGAAUUUCUUGAACAUGUACAGAUAAAAAUAACAUUGGAAACAAGUAAACGUGGUAAUACCAGAAUGUUUAUGUUUUCACCACAAGAUACUUUAUCAGUAUUGAUGUAUCCACGAAUUAAAGAUAAUUCUAUGGAUGGUUUUCAUAAUUGGAAUCUUACAUCUGUUCAUUAUUGGGGUGAAAAACCUAUCGGUUUAUGGCGUCUUUACAUACAAAAUUCGCAAAAAGAUAAGAGCGUAUUACAAUUGAAUAAUGUUCAAUUAAUAUUACAUGGUGUACGACAACCGGGUGGAUGUUUCAAACAUCAUCCAUUUAGACGUUAUCUAAAUGAAGAUCUCAUUUCACAAGUAACACAGGCUCCUUUUGCCGAAUUCGAUGAAAAUUCACCACAACAAUUCGAUAAUUUUUUCGACAAUUACGAAUAAUUUAAUUAAUUGUUUGUUUGUUUAAACAUAACAAAGCUAUUUUGCAAUAUUAUUAUUAUAGUUAUUAUAUUUUGAAUUUGAAUACAAAUGAAAUCAUUCAUAAUUAUUUUAAUGAUAAUAAUUA